GCAGCGAGUUCAUUUUUCAAUUGACCGCGCCGCAAGAUGAUGCGCACAAUGCUACUUGCCGCCGUGGCCCUUGGCGUUGCUUCGGAAGCCACCAACCGCACGCUCAACGCCGUGAGUGGCGUCGACAGUGCGGGGAAGCCCGAGCUGAGCUUCACCGUGCUGCAGAUUCCCGACAUGCACUACACGGGCGACCGCAACCGGUACUGCCGCAACCCGCCGCACGAGCCGUGUGGCGAGUACAACAUGACGGCCUUCAUCAGCGAGCUCCUCGACCACGUGACGCCCAACCUCGUCGUCUUUACCGGCGACCAAGUCGAAAACAUUGAAGUGACGCACACGAUUGAAGAAGUCAAGGGCGCGAUAGCUUCGUACGCGCUUCUUCCAAUGCUCAAGCAAGUGCCGUGGACAAUGGUGUUUGGGAACCACGACGAAGGCGCGUCGUGGGGUCGUCAAGCAAUGAUGGACUACAUCACGUCGCUGCCUCUGUCGUACUCCCAAAGCGGUCCCAUCGGACUUGGUGGCGUCGGCAACUACGAACUCGAAGUGGCGUCGCCCGACAGCGGAAUCAACUUUCGCAUGUAUUUUCUCGACACGGGGUACGACGGCGUCAUCUCGGAGAAGCAGCAAAACUAUUUGCGCAACCGAGCGAUCCUUCACCGGCACACCGUACCUGCCGUGCUCUUUCAUCACAUUCCGAUUCCCGAGUUCAACCUUGUGUCGAGCACCGAACCCACGUACGGCCACAAGGGUGAGCCCGUCUCGAGCGGCCCCCAGUGCGGUCUCCUCGACACGCUUGUCGCAAUGCGCGACGUCAAGGCCACGUUUGUGGGCCACGACCACCUCAACGACUACUGCGUCCUCCGGCGGGGCGUCCAGCUGUGCUACGGCGGCGGUGUCGGCUACGGGGCGGCGUAUGGGGAUCCGACGAUUGCGCGCAGCGCGCGUGUGAUUCGUUGGAAGCGCAACUCGACCGACGAAGUGAUUACGACGUGGAAGCAAGAAGACGGCGACUACUCUAAGCACGAGUACCUCUUGUACCGACGGGCCAUCUUCUCGAACGAUGCUACGGACGUCUAGUCGGCGUACGGAGGGCUCUCUUUCGUGCUAGCAAGGACAUAAAUGCACAUGUAUUUUUGUCCAUGA